AUGGCAGAAAGUUAUGGGUUCGAGAUGGACCACCUGCUACCAUGCAUCCCAAUAUUGUUGCGCGAAAAGGCUCUCCUCUGGUGUCGCAACAACAAGAGAGAUUGGGUCUCUUGGGAAGAUUUUGUGUCGGACCUAAAAUCUUUUUACCUGCCUCCGGGCCUCGAACUCGAGUUGGAAGAGCAAAUCCAGAACAGCGUCCAGGUAGCAACCGAGUCUGCGGCGGAAUACGCAACAAGAUUGCAAACCUUGAUGCGAAGAUAUGGCCAGAUGUCAAACUCGGCCCGUCUUACCCGGCUAUAUCAAAAUAUGAGACCGGAAUAUCGACGUUACAUGAAGCGCACAGAGUUUGCUAACGUCCCAGGACUUUUACGGCUUGCAAGAGAGUACGAGCAACUCGUUGCUCAAGAGAAACCCCCCGCGGUCAAAGAGACCAAACAAACAGCCCGGAAACCGGAAACUUCAUUCAAUCGAAAGCCCGCUAAACCCGUUGAACCGGCACCCGUAGAGAUCUUUGAGUAUAAUUGGCGAGAGUGUUGCUGGCGAUGCCGCCAAAAGGGGCACACUAGGGAACAAUGUACGAAUCAGGCGGUGAAGUUUUGUAGGCGGUGCGGAAAACUAGACGUUUAUUCUCGCGAUUGUUGUCCAUAUCCGGGAAACGCCGCGAGGACCGGCACGCGCUCCCAAAACCGGCCCGUGACCUCACAGGGAGCACCACCCCAGGGAAAGAACACUGCCCCGACCAAUCCAGAGCCUCAGGCGGGCACUUCCAGCCAACAGCACUGA